UUGACUGGCGGAUACCAGUUAUCAGACGGCGCACCCUUCGCACGGACGGCAAGGUUACGAAGUUGCAUCUCUGUAGAACACGACCGCAAGUGGCAGGCAAUCGGAGUCCCGUGAGAAGUAACGUAAAGAGCGAGCUGGCAACGGCACGGAUGUUGCGCGCCGCGUCGGUCCCGCUGGGGCUUUGAAGCGCACGGUGUUUGUGAGUGGUCGGGGCUGUGCGUGGUGGAGUGUGUGUGUGUUCCUCUAUCUCCUUGUGCUCCAUGGACCUUCCGUUCCACAAAGCACUGAUCCUGGGGGCCAUUGCUGCCACUUCAGCCUUCAUCGUCACCAUCCUCAUUGUGCUGGUGUGUGUGGGGUGCCAGAGGAAAAACAAAAGCAGGCAUGGCCAGGCAGCCGGCAGGAGCCGAAGGGGGACCGCGCACGCGCACACGAAUGUCCUCCGCCAGUGCAAGCUGAACUCAAUGAGCAAGUCAGACACCCGCCUACACGAGAUGCAGAGGAUGUCCUGCAAUGCCAAUGGUGCCCCGAGAAAUCGACCGGCCAGCAUGGACCUGCUGCUCCUGCACAGCUGCCGCUCCAGCUCUGACCUCCGCCUUACCCCCUCCGUCCGUCAGCUUUCCUGCCAUCCCACCAACCCCGAGGGCAAGGAGCAGGAGCACACCUACUCCGAGGUGGGCCUCCUCUCCUCGGCCACGCCCCGCUGCCUUGAUGAGGGCCUGUACGAGAGCGUGGGCAUGCGGGGGCCCCCGCCCGACCCGGGAUCUCCCCCUCCGGCCCCGUCCCCGACUGUCACCGCCGGCGACGUUCCCGCCCGGAGCCGGACCUGCGGGCCAGAGAGCGACGGGACCGGCUGGGAGGGAGGAGACGGGGGAGGGGCCGUGACCAGGGGCGGGGUAAACGAGGUGAGCCCGGUGGGGGCCGAGUACGCCUCCAUACGGAAGGGAAGGAGGUGGAGGAGGGAGGAGGGCUCUGAGGAGGCCGAAAGGGAGGCGCACAGCGUGUCCGGCGCAGACUCGCCUGCCUGCACCACUCCCAGAAAAACCCUGGAGCCGUUCCACCUGCCUAACUUUCCCAAGGAGGCAGUGUUCAUGGGUAAUGGGGAGCAGUACAUAUGGAAGCCACCAGAGGAGAACAACAUUGUAAUGUCAGGGGGUCCUACGCUAGAGAAUGGCCACAGCUCUGCUGAGAUCUCUGAGAUGUACUCCACUGUCUGUAAAACCCUGAAAAAGAAACCAAAGCUGCAGCAGCAGGGCUUGACGCAGCAAGCCAACGAGCAAGCGGGUUCCACUCCAGCUCUGAGGGGAGAGGAAACCUCGGGGGGCUCUCAGGCCUGGCCACCGGGGGGUGCUCUUGGUGAGGAGGCGCAGGAUGGAAAGUGUACCCAGGAGGAGCACUGCUAUGAGACACUGGGAGAGAAGUCGCGGCCCCAGGCUGAGCUGGAGCCGGCCUACGCUACCCUGGAUGCCCACCGGAAGAGGGAGAAGUUGGCCAGCGACACGCUCAAUCCAAAAAAGAACAACCCCGGGCAGACCCUGGGGCCAGCCUUGACCUGUGAGAACUUCUACGAGAGCAUCGGCGACAUGAGGCAGGGCGCCAGCACCACAAGUACCACCACCAUCUUCACCUUCAACGAUGGGAUGGAGAUGUAUGUCACGGGACUCUAGAGGCCCCGGCUUUGGUGUUACAGGACAGGACCCAGGACCCAACUAGCCUGGACUUGAACGUUAUGAGUUGACCCACACAAGCACAUUCAUGGGACUCCCAUUUUGCUGUACGAACAGGCGACAGCCACAACCGCCUAUACAUCUGCCAUGUAGGCACGCAUGUGAAGCGCAGCUGCUGAUGCAGCCACAUUGCCAGCGCAGACCCUUCCAGGCUAAUAGCUGCGAUGUUCUCUUCUUCACGUAGCAGAGUAUCCAAAAUGGCUCUUCUACUAUAUUACAAUCUCUAAUAAAGGCAUUGGGUUACACAAGAGUACCUCCAGGCUGGCUCUCAAAAUUAUAACACAGGCUGACUUCAAACACCAGUGCUAUGGUGCUGCCUGAGACUCAUUCCUCCUGCCUCCUCUUCGCUUUGGCCAUCUUGAACCCAUGCCGAAGGUUACUGAGUAUGAUGUGUGCUUGUUAGAUACUGUAGAUAGGUAUGUAUGUUUCUCUCGGUGUUUCCAUUACUCUGGGCAGUCUUAAAACCCCUAAAAGGACACAACUCUCAAAGCACUUGCGACAGUUUUUCAUUUUUCCUUUUUUUAAUUGACUUUUUUUUUUUAACAAGAUGGCAUGCAUCAUCCCUGCAUUCUUUGGCAAGCACAGUGGCUUGAGCAUCAGGCUUGAAGACAUGGCAUGCUCUUUCCCACAGAGAAAGAGACGGACUGCUUUUUAUGUCCCAGUCUGGAUGACCAGCCUGAACUCUGACUUUCCAAUAAAAGAGAAAAUUGAAGAGAGAAAGAGUGAAAAAAAGGAACACUCCAUUAACAAGGGAAACAUCGGUGUGGGCAGUUACUGCGUCGUUUCUUAGCAUCUUGGCUUAAUGAGUCCUGCUGUACUAGGGUCACAGGACCACUGUGGUCUGAAUGGUUUACACAGUGCUAAGGCCAGUGAAGACAAUAAGUCUGGCAAUGUCCACGCUCUAUCCACAGGUCCUAGAUCUGUACGAGUAUCCCCAGCACACUGGGCCUUUGCCUGGCCAGCCUAUCAGUGGUGUUUAACGAGGCACAGGGUAAAGAAAACAAAGCCAGAGGCUUGAAGUCGCUAGCGAGCGUCUUUGGAAGCAAGCCUCCUGUUUUAGUCUGUCUGCGUCUCUACUAUAAACAAUGGCUUUUCCCACAUGGCCCAUGGGAGAUGGGUUUUAGGAUUUCUGAAGGUUUUGGCACUCCUGAGUGUAAAAAGCCAAGAUCGACACACCCGAUCUACUUGAAAGCACCACUUCCCCAUAGUUCCUUCACCAUCCAAGCAGCCUCAAGGUUGGGUUUGUUUGAGCCUGUGUGGGUUCUGCGAGUCUCUACCUCUGCAGUACAGCGGGGAAGGCUAGGGUUUGAGUGAAGGAAAAGACCAUAAUCAUAGCUCAGGGAUAAAUGGAAGGAUUCUAUGGAAAAUGUCAAUUUCUUCUCCAAACUAGGGAGUUUAAAAAUGUUGGGUUGUGUCAAAAAAAUGUGUUAUGCCACAUGUACUGUACAUGAAGAUUAAAGAUUUUUAUUGCACUCUAUUUUCUUAAAAAUAAAAGUUGUAUCGUUGAUUUUUUUCCAUGUGUAACUUUGUUGUAAAGAAUGCUAUCCUCACUGCAAAGCAUAUGUUGCAGUGUUCUCUAGACAGUUGGUACAUUUUCCUUGCUUGCAUAUGCAUGCAUCUUAGAAAAAAUUAUAGUGCAUUCCUGCCCUGCUUGGUAUUUCUACCUAAUUAAAAUAAGAAUUAUUCUUAAUUAGAAUAAUUCUUAAUUGUUAUUUAUUUUUAUUAGGAAUAUUCGUAAUUGUUUAGCACCAUAAACAGAUUUGGAUGGCAGGGUUGUCUCAUGGGUUACCCAAAAGAGAUCACCAGGACUCAUGGUAAAGCAGUGUGGCCAAACACUUCACACCUUUAUCAAUCGGUGUCCAUGAGACUCAGAGGUUGCCAAAUUGAGGGAGGAAAUAUGCUCCCUUUAGCGUUGGCUCUUCUUGGGUCCCUCCCACUGAAGCUGGUAAAGCACAGGGCUCACUUUGCGAUGGGGAAUGCAUCAGGCCUUUUGAAGUAAAAAAAAAACAAACAAAAAAAAACUCCGGUCACAGGAGGUGGGGCUGGGGUGCAAGGAUACUUGCGCUACAUUUAAAUUCUGAUUAAAAGGUCAGAAUAAACUCUACUAGGGCGAGAUUUGUACAAACCUGCACGAUGUUUUCUGUCUCUCUUUUUUUUUCUUUUUUUUUUGAGUGGUUUGUAUACUCAAGAAUAUGAAUUAAAUAUGAAUUGGGCAUUUGAACUCAUCACUCAAUUUUUGCAUCAUAAGGAAUGAUAAGGGGGAAGAGUCAGUGGAGUCGGUGAUGCAAACUAAAACUUCCACUGGGCCACACAAAGGGACUUAUGGUGAUGCUUUGCAGUACUCACUUAUGGAUUAAUACAAUGGGGCACAGUCACACAUGGAAACAAUACUGCACGCAUAUACAUGACUGGUACAGGAAGAACAAUAGCUAUAGUAUUAAUGUUAUAUGGGAAAAAAAAAAGAUUUAUUUAUUUUUUGUUCGUUUGUGUAUAUUGUUGCUGUAACUUUUAAUUAUGUGUAAGUGAUACACUUUUUGUGAAUUAUUCUGCCCAUGCAUUUGUCUAGGCUAAACUUACUGUAAUUCGGUGUAGGUUUUGUCCAUCCAAAUGUAACAAUGUUUGGUGUGUUAAAAAUUAACGUAGUAACAUAAUUCUGUGAGUCAGACUGUAAUGUUUUUUUUUUUAUCAAAAAAUUAUUAAAAUGGUUGAAUUUUUACUUUUGUAAUA